AUGAGUGGAUUAAUCUCUGCCUUAUCUAAAGGCUUUCGUUUUCUCAAUAAUAUGAUGACGUGCUGCAUUCCUAAGAAAGUAGUAAGUGUGCAACAUCUGUUUUGAAUAGAAUUUAUUUUGUUUUUUUUGUUUGUAUUAAUCCAAUAGGAAAUAUGAGUAUAAUUAAAUCGUAAUACAUUAUUUUCAGGUUAGGCACUCAAGCUAUCCCGCUAACGGAUCGGCGGAUUGUCCUAAUGAUCGUCCUAGUAAUUCAAGUAAUUAAUAACAUAUUAUAUUUAGGUCUUAUAUUAUAAUUGGGAUUUCAAGUAUUAUAAAAUAAAAAUUAUUCCCAAUUAUAUAUAAUAUAUAUUUAUAACAUUCAUCUUAAAAUUAUAAUUCACUCCUAAUUCAAAUGUUAAAUUCUCAUUAAAAAAAAAUUCGCCUUGAAUAAAUUCCAAUUUCAUUAAAAUCGUUGUCUUGAAAAUUACAAAUUAAAUUAAACAGCACAUUUGUUUUUACUGAUCAAACUUUUUUUAACUUCAAAGAAUUAAUUAAUAUGAUUUGAAACAAAAAUUAGGAAUUUAAAUAGGUAUUUAUAAUUUUUAUGGUAUAACUAUUUUAGUAAGGUCCAAAUCACAUUUGGAAGAAAGUUUAGUUGUAGAGUGCCGGGUUCUAGCUGAAGAUGAGGAAGAUAACGAUUUACUAAGUUCUAAGGUGGAUGAUAAAAUGUCGAAUAUAUCCAUUGAAGAUUUUAGACUUCUGAGUGUAUUAGGAAAAGGCAGUUUUGGAAAAGUAAUAAUUAUCAUUAGAAACAAUUAGAAUGCAAGUAAGUAAUUUGUGUUUCAUUUACUUUCCAUUCUUAUUAUAGGUAACAUUGUGUCAAUACACAAAAUCAGAUGAGUAUUUCGCCAUUAAAACGCUUAACAAAUCUAAUAUAAUUUCUGAAAACGGAGUGGAGGCAUUACACUCUGAAAAAAGUAUAUUCGAAGUUAUUAAUAAUAUCCAUCACCCAUUCUUAGUGAAUUUAUUCGCCUGUUUCCAGACAGACGUAAGUAUACUAAAAUUUUAUUAUUUAUUUGUAUUUUAAAAUUGUUCGGUUUAUUGUUUAUAGGCUCAUGUUUGUUUUGUUAUGGAGUAUGCGGCAAUAGUAUCAUUUAUCGGUUUGUAUAAUGUUUACUUCAUUUUUAUAAUUUGUGACGUUGUCAUUAAAACGGUACGUUCAUUAUUUUUUAGAGAUUUAAAAUUAGAUAACUUGCUGUUGGAUAUUGAUGGCUACGUUAAAAUAACGGAUUUCGGUACAUGCAAAAAAGGUGUGGGUUUUGGCGAUCGGACCGCAACAUUUUGUGGAACAGCCAAAUAUUUAGCUCCUGAAAUUAUUACCGAAACGUCGUACACGCGUAGUGUAGAUUGGUGGUCUUUUGGUAUAUUGAUAUAUGAAAUGCUUGUGGGAGAGGUAAAUAUAUUUUGGAUAUUAAUGUGUAAUAUAACACCAUAACUAAUAUGAAUUUUUAUCACACAUAGUGCCCCUUCGAAGACGCCAAUGAUCUACAAAGCUUGUUUCACUGCAUAGUUAACGAUCAAAUUCCAUAUCCUAGUAUACUAUCUUCUGAAGCGAUUUCAAUUAUGAGCAAUGUAUGUUUUUUUAAAUUUAUAUUAGAGGAAACUAUAUACUAACUAGAAAAUAUUUUGUUGUUUUUGUGGACAUAGCUUUUAUGCAAAAAUCCUGAAAAAAGGUUAGGUUCAAAUGAAAGAGAUGCAGAAGACGUAAAACUACAAGAAUUUUUUGGAGAAGUUGUUUGGGAGGAUUUACUAAGGAGAAAGGUUAAACCUCCAUUCGUACCGACCGUUGUAAGCAUCUUAAAUAUGUCUGUUUUGAAACUUAAUGUUAGUUCUACAUAAUAAAUCUUAUUUACAUAAAAAAAAUUAAAAUAAAAAAUUAGAAUUCGCCAGAAGAUGUGGGAAACUUCGAAGAAGAAUUCACAUCUGAGACGCCACAAUUGACUUUAGAUCCGAAAUUAUUAACCAAUGAACAACAAGAAUUAUUCAACAAUUUUACGUAUACAGCCGAUUGGUUUUCACAUAAAGAUUUUUAA